AUGGCGGCGGCCGCGGAGCUGGCGCUGCUGGCGAGGUCGCUGGGGCUGCGCGGGGGGCGCGAGUACGGCGCGCGGGGCGAGCGCCAGAUUCCAGUUCUUCAAACAAACUCUGGCCCGAGUCUAACUGGCUUGGCGACCAUCGCGGCUCAUCUGGUCAAACAGGCCAACAAAGAGCACCUGCUGGGGAGCACUGCGGAGGAAAAGGCCAUAGUUCAGCAAUGGCUGGAGUACAGAGUGACUCGAGUGGACGGCCACCCCAGCAAAGAGGACAUGCGCACUCUGUUGAAGGAUCUUAAUUCUUACCUCGAAGACAAAGUCUACCUUGCGGGACAUAACUUCACCUUAGCAGACAUCCUCCUGUACUAUGGACUCCAUCGCUUCAUGGUCGAGCUCUCAGUUCAAGAGAAGGAGCAGUACCUGAACGUGUCGCGCUGGUUCUGCCACAUCCAGCACUACCCUGGCGUCCGGCAGCACCUGGCCCGCGUGGUCUUCAUCAAGAGCCGGCUGUACGCCCAGCCCCGCUAGCCUGGUCUCUGCCGCCGCGGCGCAUCUGCCUGGAGCUGGCGGUGCCCUCUCCUGGCCCUCUGCCCGUCAAACUCCGUAGAUUUUUUUUUUUCCCCCUCAGUAUGAGCUUGUGUCUGGACAUUUUAUCUGUUCCUUAGUUGAAAGUCUCCCGAUAUUCUCACUGCUGUGAGCGCUUGAGUUGAGCUCAGGUUAUAAAUUAGCUUCCUCUGAUAGGUGCAGUGUGACUCUAAAGUUGUAAAUCUGACUUCCUCCCACCAUGACGGGCUCCCUGCUGGACCCUCGCUCUGUGACUGCACGUCCCCUUGUUUGUGGGUGUUUAUAGUUCGUGAAGAACCGUAAUCAGUUCCGCCGGGACACGGAGACAGAUGCGUGUGUCUCCAGGUAUUUAUGUGAGCCAGUAAAUGUGCUCGAGAAAGUCCUUGCUGCUUCUUUCCUUUCCUCCUGCAGGUGAAACUGAGCGGUAGAGCCGGCCCAGUUAAGCCAGAAUUUGACAUGUUCCCCAAGUUGGCGGUUGGGUUUGUUGUUGGGCUCAUUGAAUUACUCGGUGGCUGAAGACGAAAGGGGAAUUCCUGCGCACCCACUGGCUUUGGAUUUGACGACUCGAUUUAUCUGAACCACAAGCCGCUGGCGGGUCGCCCCACGGUGGGACAGGACGCGUGAGGGGCGGACUCCUCUGCCUCUCAUCUGCUGCCUUCACUCACACCGGCUGGGCCCAUUACUGAGAGCUGAGAUCGGCUGUUUCCAGAUAAGAAACAUCGAGCCUUUGCAACUCUCUUGUUGAUGGUCGAGGUGCUGAAAAUGAGUCUGCGCCUGGAGUUAGAGUCUGUUCUGUGGAAGGAACAGCGGGCAGGCUCACAUCCUCUGUCACCUGAAGCCCGCUGGCCAAGCAGGUUUUCUUAACUUGUGAAAACCCUGAUGACGCCCCAGAGGUGGCAGGAUGCGGGAGCCGGUAUACUUGGAGAAGCUCAGCAACACGUGGUCCCUCCCUCUGCCCCGUUACCACUGAGCCAACGACUUCUCGGCCAGAUCUUGGAGAAAUUCACUCAAGGCUCCUAGAUCACA